CCCAUCUACAAUCGCGGUCAGCCGCAAUAUAUAAGCUGUGCCGAUUGUCUCGCUGAACAGUAUAACGUUCGGUUGCGAGUUCAUUAAUAUUUGGUGAACGGUACCUCGCGACCGACGAGCGCCAAGCUCGCAGUUUGACACGGUGAACAUUGAAUUUAUAAUUUGAAAAAAAAAAAAAAAAAACACACAUAUACUCCAGUCGGGGACUUUUACAACGUCAACAAGUCUCGUCGAGACACGUGCCAUUAUAACAACAGCAUCAUGUGUUGUGGGAUAACAAAGUUUACGACGUUCCUAAUAGUGCUCUAUUUAAGUUUCACCGGUCUCCACGUGAGAGAAACACUGGCCAAUGGUAUUCGUCCUGAAGAAACUCUCGUCAAUUUUUUGAGUCAGCCGAUGGUUCCUACCGAAUUAGCGUCCCCCGAAUGUCUACGACACAGUGCAAUCUACAUAACGUCUUUGGGAAAUUAUGUACCUUGGGCAUUGCAGAUGUACGAUGCAUCGGCGAAGCUACCGUCGGGUAUUAUAACCGGAAAUAUAAAACAAUUGGGACAAUACGACGAGUGUCUGAGGGUGAAAAAUUCUCACGGUUUUAUCGGAAAAGCGUGUACAGCGUCCUUAGAAUUCGAUGUUUACGAAAACGCGGUUGCGUCUAACGAGACCGACAUGUUGGACCUCCUGACGAACAUCGCUGAAGCCGCGGGGCUCAGUAAUUGGACUCACGGCAACAGCGUACCCUACGAAUGGAUAUGGUGCGUUCCGUCGACGUGCACGUACGCCGAGGUCCUCGAAAAAAUUGAUAUCUCUUUGGACGCUCUAAGAGUGGAGGGUAGAAUCGACAUGCACGUAACAAUGACCGAGAGUUCCUGUCACACGGCGAUAACUGACACCCGAAAGUUGGACGUCGCCGACUGGCUCUACAUUUCGCUCCUGAUAUUCUUCGCGGCUAUCGUCGUCGUUAGCACAACCAUUGAUCUGAGGAUGCAGAAGAAGUAUCAAGAGAAACGAAAAGAUAUGAAGCAGAUGGUUCUCACUUCCUUCUCAUUUUACACGAACGGAAAAUCAUUGUUGAAUACCAAAGGACGCGGCGACGCGAUAGCGUGUUUAAACGGGUUGAGGUUCAUCAGUAUUUGCUGGAUAAUUUUUGGACACGGUUAUUACCUUCAGGUGAUGGGAGUGCAACUGGAUCUCACCCACAUACCCGUGAUGCACGAGGAUUGGAGUUCUUUUUUGGUUUUGAACGGUAACAUCGUUACCGACACAUUUUUCCUGUUAAGUGGUCUACUCUUGGCUUACACGAAGUAUUCCCAGAAGCAGAGAAAUCCCGGGAUAACUUUGAACCUCUUCGAAUUAUACGUGCGGCGUUACCUCAGAUUAACCCCAGCCUACGCGAUGGUGAUAGGUUUCUACGCAACCAUUUACUACAAAUUUGGCACCGGACCAAAAUGGACCGAGGUCAUUGGCACGAACAGAGAUUACUGUCGUGAUAAUUGGUGGACAAAUUUGCUCUACGUGAACAACCUAGUGAAUCCCGAAACUAUGUGCAUGUCUCAAACUUGGUACCUAGCGGUAGAUAUGCAGCUCGUCUGGAUUUCACCGAUAUUUCUAUACCCCAUGUUGAAGUUUUCACGCGCCAUUGUCUUCUGGGCGAUUCUAGGGGUUGGUUUUUUUAUCGCCGUCGCAAUUCCGUUCAUAAUUUCUUACGCGAACGAGCUUACGGGGACGAUGAUCUACUACAGAGAACAAGCAGCGGUCGCCCAAGUCUUCAUAGAUAUCUACAUAAAAACUUACGCGAGGGCUGGACCCUACAUCGUCGGCUUAGGACUUGGAUAUUUGUUGAGCAAAUCAAAAUCAAUGUCCAUAAAAAUACCGAAGGUAUACGCUAUUCUGGGCUGGUUGAUCGCUCUGGUAUUCAUUGGUACAUCGGUCUUUGGACCGAGAAGAAUGUACUUCGAGGAUCACGUUUACAACAGAUACGAAGCAAGUUUCUACGCCGCUUUUCACAGGAACGUAUUCGUCAUGGGAGUUGGUUGGAUAAUAUUCGCGUGCGUUCACGGAAUCGCAGGUCCGGUGAACACGUUACUCUCCUGGACCGGGUGGAUACCUUUGGGAAAAUUAUCCUACAGCGCUUAUCUGACGCAUUACCUGAUUCUAUACUACAAUUCCGGAACCGUGCGAACCCCCGGUUACUUGACGACCUACAAAGUGGUGCACACAUUUUUUGGGAACUUGGUUCUCGUGUUGGGCAUAUCCCUGAUAACCACCAUGGUUUUCGAGAUGCCUUUCAUGGUAUUGGACAGCGCGAUGCGGGGCAACAAAAGACGUCAAUCGGAUUGUAAGGCGGGGGGCGGUGUUUCGCAAACUGCCAGAUUAGAAAAUCCAAAUGAAGUUUACAGGACUAUCGACAAUUCCGUUUCAUCGGUGUCUCAAAUGUACACAGAUAUAGUGGAUAUAUCGAAAAUGGAGGACGGCAGUUACGUAGCAAACAACGAACCCAACAGCGGAUCCUACGUCAAUCAGUUAGAGAAUUCCGAAAAAAAUGAAAACCUCUACACUUACAUCGUUGGAUCGACGAUCGGCAGCCCGUCACUCGAUAGAAAAUUCGAAGCGCAGUCCAGCUGCGGGGCAGCUAACAACUCUACGGAGGAUUGUUACGAACCUCCCAGAGCAGUGACGAUCAACACUGUAGAAGAUAAUACUCUCAGUAUUCCGGCCACGGGACUAGUUAACAGGGCAUAUCAAGCCUGAGCGUAAACAGUACCAAAGACAAGUUUUUGUUUUGUUUUUUUUUUUUUUUAUAUACGAUGUUGUGACUUGUGAACUUGAAGUGUCCUUCGAGGGUAAAAUUUCCUCGACAAUGACUUCGUAGCGACGAAGUGUAGUGGAAUCGAUUGUGAAUUGUAAAUACGUCCAACUCUAGGUAAUUAGCUUUUAGGAGUGAUGGAGUCGAAGAUUUUAUUUAUAUAUACGGUGAUGUACCUUAGCGCCUGAGGAGACGAUGGAUGUAUUUUCCUUUUUUACUAGUUUCCUUUCCUAUGAAAAGAAUACAGAUCAAUCGAAAUAUCGAAGGGAAGAAAAAUGCCUAUGCGAGGGUGACAACCUUCGGAUAAAGUGUGAAAGAGAACUUAGAAGUAUUACUUACAAUUAGAUUUACAACCAGGAUUCGUUAUAGGAUCUCUAUACGUACCCUCCUAUUUUUUAUAACGUAAAUUUGUUAUUUUUCCGAUAAGUUUUGUUGCAAUAUAUUACGUUCCACACGUUGUACGCGUGUGAAAAUUGUGUACCUAAAACCUAUGUUCAAACAACAAAAAACAAAAAACGAAAAAAAACGUUGAGCGUUUUUUUAGCACGUUAAUAAAUGUAAUAUAAAUACCCGUUUUUCCAAUAACGUUAAAA